GUGUCCUCAACAUGUGCUCUGGUGUCCCUGCCUUUGUCCAGGGCAUUUAAACCCUCCUGUGGUCGCCCUGCAGCUGCCAUUGGGGCUUUCUCCCUCGCAAGCCCUGCCCUGGGGCCUGGAGGCCUGCACACUCGCCAGAGCCUUCCUCCUGCCCAUGGGGACGCUGGUGGCCAAGCUGCUCCUGCCCACCCUCAGCAGCCUGGCCUUUCUGCCCACGGUCAGCAUCGCCGCCAAGAGGCGGUUCCACAUGGAGGCCAUGGUCUACCUCUUCACCAUGUUCUUCGUGGCGCUCUACCAUGCCUGCCAUGGCCCUGGCCUGUCUGUGCUCUGCUUCGCUCGGCACGACAUCCUGGAAUACUUCAGCAUCUACGGGACAGCGCUGAGCAUGUGGGUGUCCCUGAUGGCCUUGGCUGACUUUGAUGAACCCAAGAGGUCCACACUGGUGAUGUUUGGUGUCCUGACGAUCGCAGUGCGAAUCUACCAUGACCACCAGGGCUACGGGGUGUACUCAGGUCCCAUCGGCACUGCUGUCCUCAUCAUCGCCGCAAAGUGGCUGCGGAAGAUGAAGGAGAAGCAUGCUCUGUACCCCGACGCCAGUGUCUACACCCAGCAGCUGGGCCCUGGCCUCUGCUUUGGUGCCCUGGCCCUCAUGCUCCGCUUCUUCUUCGAGGACUGGGACUACACCUACGUCCACAGCUUCUACCACUGUGCCCUGGCCAUGUCCUUUGUCCUGCUGCUGCCCAAGGUCAACAAGAAGGCUGGGAAUGCGGGGGCCCCGGCCAGGUUGGACUGUCCCACCCUGUGCUGUGCCUGUGUCUGA